UGGUUUAUCGCACCGCCUCAAUUGAUAUUGUGACGAUUCAUUUGACUAUUACGUUACAUGUUAAAUUAAUCGUCUUCCCCGUUCAAGUAUCAAAACAAGCUACUCGAUUGAUACUGUUAUGUUAAUUGUUUUUUCAUAGUUAAAACGAGAACCGAAUCAUCUAAUUAACGUGUCUAAAUCUACCGGUUAUUUUUACGUUUCAAGAAUAUUUUCAAGGAUAACAUCUUUUGUUUUUAAUAAAUAUCUAUAUUAUUCCUUAUAACAAUAUUUUUAUUGGAUCACUUCGACUAUUAACAAGAUAUAAUGGUAGAUACAGCAGAAGCAACUAGACGAUUAAAUGUUAAAAAACAAACGUUGGAUGAUGCUUAUGCAGCACCAGCUAAUUUUUUGGAAAUUGAUAUUCUCAACCCUAUCACACAUGGUGUUGCUAAAAAGCGUUACACUGAUUACGAAGUCCGUAUGAGAACCAAUUUACCUGUAUUCAAAGUUAAAGAAUCUAGUGUGCGUAGGAGAUACAGUGAUUUUGAAUGGUUACGCAAUGAACUUGAGAGAGAUAGCAAGAUUGUUGUUCCUCCAUUGCCAGGUAAAGCAUGGAAAAGACAAAUGCCAUUUAGAAAUGAUGAUGGUAUUUUUGAAGAAGAAUUUAUUGAAGAACGGCGAAAAGGUUUAGAAGUAUUUAUUAACAAAAUUGCAGGGCAUCCCCUGGCUCAAAAUGAAAGAUGUUUACAUAUAUUUUUACAAGAACCAGUCAUUGAUAAAAACUAUGUACCAGGAAAAAUAAGAAAUACUUAAUUUUUGUUCAAAACCAUACACUUUAUUAGAAUGUUGAUAUGUUCAAACAUUUCUCAAACAUUUGUGUUUAUUACUAGAAUACCCUUUAUAUCAAUAUCUUAUUGAAUGUUUUAAGUAAUUAAUUAUAAAAUUAUUAUUAUUAUUAUUAUUAUUAUUUUUUAUUAUAUUUUAUCAUUUUAAUUUAAAGUUUCAUUGAAUGCAUUUUUUUUA